UGGCAGGCCUCAGAUUAGCCCAAAGCCCACCCACAGGUAAUGCAUCUCCGUGAGUGUAAAACUAGGGGACUCAGCCGAAUUAAGGCGACCUAACUCACCUCCACCAUGGCGUCAGCUUCGUUACGAUUAGUGUUAAGGACGAGGGUUCCAUUUAAACCUGGCCGUUUGUGCUACUCUUCCUCCUCAGUGCCCACCACUAAGCUCUUCAUCAAUGGGAAGUUUGUUGAAUCCCAAUCCUCAGAAUGGCUGGAUAUUCACAAUCCUGCGACCAAUAACGUAAUCAGACGUGUUCCCAAAGCCACGCAGGAGGAGAUGUUGGCUGCUGUGGAUUCGUGCUCCAGAGCUUUUCACUCCUGGUCUGAAACCUCCAUCUUGACUCGACAGCAGAUCUUUCUGCGCUAUCAGCAGCUUAUCAAAGACAACAUUAAACAACUAGCCAAAGCCAUCACACUGGAGCAGGGGAAGACCCUUGCAGAUGCAGAGGGCGAUGUGUUCAGAGGAUUGCAGGUAGUUGAACAUGCCUGCAGCAUCACGUCUCUGAUGCUGGGUGAAACCCUGCCCUCCAUCACAAAGGACAUGGACAUCUACUCCUACCGCUUGCCGCUCGGAGUGUGCGCUGGCAUUACCCCCUUCAACUUCCCUGCCAUGAUCCCUCUGUGGAUGUUCCCCAUGAGCAUGGUGUGUGGCAACACCUAUCUGCUCAAACCCUCAGAGCGGGUCCCGACCUGCGCCAUGCUGCUUGCCCAGAUGCUGCAGGAUGCUGGAGCUCCAGAUGGGACACUCAACAUCAUCCACGGUCAACAUGAUGCUGUGAAUUUCAUCUGUGACCAUCCAGCCAUUAAAGCGAUCAGCUUCGUUGGCUCAAAUCAAGCUGGGGAGUAUAUUUAUGAUAGGGGCUCUAGAAAUGGCAAGAGGGUUCAAUCAAACAUGGGAGCCAAGAACCAUGGUGUGGUGAUGCCUGAUGCCAACAAGGAGAACACUCUGAACCAGCUGGUCGGCGCGGCGUUCGGGGCAGCGGGGCAGCGCUGCAUGGCUCUCUCCACUGCCAUCUUAGUGGGCGAGGCACGGAGCUGGCUGCCAGAGCUGGUGGAACGUGCCAAGAAGCUCCGUGUGAACGCAGGAGACCAGCCUGGUGCAGAUGUGGGACCUCUGAUCUCUCCCCAGGCCAAGGAGAGAGUCUGCAGCCUGAUCCAGAGCGGCGUGGACGAGGGGGCUAAGCUGCUUCUGGACGGCCGGAACGUCAGGGUCAAAGGUUACGAGGAUGGCAACUUUGUGGGUCCGACCAUCAUCAGCAAAGUCACACCGGAGAUGAUGUGCUACACUGAAGAGAUCUUCGGGCCCGUGCUCGUGGUUCUGGAGGCAGACACGCUGGAUGACGCCGUCAGCCUGGUGAACAGAAACCCCUACGGCAACGGCACAGCCAUCUUCACCACAAAUGGCGCCACUGCACGCAAAUACACUCACAUGGUGGACGUGGGCCAGGUUGGAGUCAACGUUCCCAUCCCCGUGCCCCUGCCAAUGUUUUCCUUCACUGGGUCAAGAGGAUCCUUCCGAGGGGAUAUGAACUUCUACGGAAAACAGGGAAUCCAGUUCUACACACAGAUUAAAACAGUAACUGCACAAUGGAAAGCUGAGGAUGCCACCUUGAAAACUCCUGCUGUUACCAUGCCUACCAUGGGUCGCUAAGUCUUCAAGUCUUCCCUCCCUGGUGCACCAAGCGUGCACUGGUCAGAGUGAAUGGAGAAGGUUUUCUCUACCCAGUAAUGUCAACACAUGGCCAAGAUUUUAACACCAUCUACAUUUGUAUGAACUUGUCAUUUCAUAAAGUAUGUAAACUCUACAUACUUACAUCAAA